GCUGACAACACAUCGCGCGCAUUACAUCUCCUCCAGUAUCUGCACAGAGAAAGCAAUGUCCCCCUCUCCUCACGCCGCUACUGAUGCGCUCGAGGAAGUCCGGUGAUUGGAAGUCCCAAUCACCCGCAGACAUGCGAGGUGCGUGUCUGUGGCUGUCCCUCACCUAUUUGGCCGCCAGCCCGGACGGGUUGGGGACCCGGGAAUACAACAACUCAACCGUUAUCGGCGGGGUUCUAUUUCUGGAUGCAGAAGGGCUGUUGAACCUGUCAGACCCGCACACGUCCAACCGGACAAAUGUCUUCUCGCUGGACCUGGAUGAGGGCACGCUCGCGGACUGGCGCUCCAUGGCGGGUAAAAAGCGCUACGGGGGAGAGUCCCAGAACGGGACCGUGAAAUCCCUACUGGUCGUGGCUUACUCUUUCAUCAUCGUCAUCUCGCUGUUCGGAAACACGCUGGUGUGCCAUGUGGUGAUCAAGAACAAGCGGAUGCACUCCGCCACGAGCCUGUUCAUCAUUAACCUUGCGGUGGCAGACAUUCUCAUCACGCUGCUCAACAUGCCCUUUACUUUGGUUCGCUUUGUGAACAGCAGCUGGGGGUUCGGGAAGGGUAUGUGCCACAUCAGCCGGUUCGUCCAGUACUGCUCCCUGCACGUAUCCACACUCACUCUCACGGCAAUCGCGCUGGACAGACGCCAGGUCAUUCUCCACCCUCUGAGGCCCCGCAUGUCCCCGACUCGUGGCGUUGUGUGUGUGAUUCUCAUCUGGGUCAUGGCCAGCUGCUUCUCCUUGCCUCAUGCUAUCUACCAGAAGCUCCUAACCUUCGUGUACAGUAAGGAGAAGGUGCGCAGCCUUUGUGUCCCUGACUUCCCUGAGCCCUCUGACGUCUACUGGCAGUGCAUCGACCUCCUCACCUUCAUCCUCCUCUACGUCCUACCCCUCCUCAUCAUCACCGCCGCCUACUCAACCGUGGCACGCCGCCUGUGGCGCCGUAACGCUAUCGGGGACACCACCACUGCACAGUUCGCUGUGCAGCGGCGGAAGCGUCGGCGCACCCUGGCUAUGUUGUUGGCGGUUGUUGGGGUGUUCGCGGUAUGCUGGUUCCCUCUGAACUGCUACGUGGUGCUUCUCUCCAGCCAGGCCAUUCAGUCAUCCAAUGCCUUGUAUUUCUGUUUUCAUUGGCUGGCGAUGAGCUCGACGUGUUACAAUCCCUUCAUCUACUGUUGUCUGAACCCCGCCUUCCGCAAGGAGCUAAGGCUGCUAUUGGGCAUGUGCCAGAGGAGGGGGCGUGGAGGGGUGGGGCCGGUGCUGGUGGCUCCGCCCUCCUGCGCACCCUGCCACAGAGCCGCCUGGCCAGAGAGCCGCACCGGUUCUCGGCCGAGUCAUGCCUCUUCACACCCGAGCCACGCCUCUUCUCGACCAAGCCACUCCUCAUCCUUUCACCAGCCUCCUAAAGACAGGCAUGUCCUUUUCUCCGCUAGACAUGCCAGUAAAACAGACAUCCUAUCAGUGGAGCCUAUAGUAGCUGUCAGUUAACUACAACUACCAGAAUGCAUUUGGGUUGGGAUUGAGUGAAUGAUUGAGUUUAUUUGACAAUUAAAGACGUGUAAAGUUGCUGCAUUUGGUGGUGAGUCCUGUUGAAGGACUAUGUUGUUAGCCAAAGACAGUGGAGGCUCUUGAACAGAAAAUGUGAGAUCUUUAAACUUUCAUGACAGCGCCACCUUCAGGAAGAAAUGUCUCACAUGGAUAGGAGUAGGGGUUGGGGAGGUUUAGCAACAAAUGCAACACCCAAACCAGCAACUGCUCUGUUAGCACAUACUGUAUACACUGAGUGUACAAAACAUUUAAGGACACCUUCCUAAUAUUGAGUUACACCCCCCCUUUUGCCUUCCGAACAGCCUCAGUUCGUCAGGGCAUGGACUCUAAAAGGUGUCAAAAGCGUUCAACAGGG